AUGCACUUUUUAGCACCCAUCAGAAGGCUAGAGGCGGCUUUAAGGGAUCUUCAGCAGAGGAAUCUGUCUCUCGAGUUCGAGAACUAUCAACUACGGAACUUAAAGUCGAGGUCGAGAGGAUCCUCAAGACGAGGGACAUCGGGUCCAAGGCCGAAUCAGGCAAGCGCCACAUGCAGUGGGACCAAGCAAUUCCGGUCGAUCGGGACCACCCCGACACCACCUGUCAGGGGAUACGGUCCACCCGAGGAUUCAUCGACAGAUGACAAAAGGCGCGAGAGGAACAAUCAGCAGAUAAACACAAGGUCCGACAAUACGACUGAAGCCAAGCUGAGAGAGUUGGAGGAAAAGAUAAGGAAGCUGUCAGGAACCGGCGAAGGAGACAAGCUCGCCGAGGUUAUAAGUGACGCCGAGAGGACCCCGUUCACCCAAGAGUUAGAACUGCGGGCCUUCCCACUUAAGUGCACGCUCCUCACCUUCCCAUCCAGGUUCGACAGCUCGAGAGACGCGAUUGAGCACUUGAAGAUGUACUCAAUGUCCCUAAUCCAAUGGAAAAACUAUGAGGUGGUAAUGUGCAAAUUCUUCCCGGCAAGCUUGGAAGGUGAGGCAAGGAAAUGGUUUUACAACCUCGCACCAGGGACAGUUGACAGCUACGAGACUCUAGUCGAAGCUUUCCUAGAAACGUACAUGCAAAACAGCAGACCUCGGCCCAGGGUCAACAGGUUAUUCACGUUGGCCAGACGGUUCAGAGAACCUCUCAGAUCCUUGACCGAUAGAUGGAGAAAUUUGUGUACGGAAAUUGGGAAAGUACCAGUCGACCAGCAGAUAUUCGGGUUCGAAAAUGCACUUGGGAGGUCGGAUCCCAUCUGGGCAGCCAUGUUCACUGAGAAACCACAAACAUUGAAAGAAAUGAGGAAAAUGCAAGAGCAUUUCAUCUCCCUAGAAGAAAUUCAGGAAGAGUCAAUAGAUAGAGGAGUGCAAGAAGCUAGUGCAUCACCCGAGUCAACGUCGCACGAUACUCAUAGACGGCCCGAGAAGCGGCCGAGUCCGCCCGUGCGAGGAAAUGGGAAGAAGGAAUGGAUAGAUAAAGGGAAGAGGCCGAGACACGAGGCGAGAACGUACACCCCUUUGAAUGCUCCACUGGAAGAAAUCUUCAAAGAAGUCGAAAAAAGGAAUGACAUUAUAUACCCAGCUUCAAGAGGGAUACAGUUCGAGGAGACCAAGGAUCACCCGGAAUAUUUCCAAUAUCAUCGGUAUCGAGGCUACUCUACAAACAACUGUCGAGAAGUAAAAUACAUCGUGCACCACCUUAUCAGAGAUGGUUAUCUGAGACAGUUCGUCCGACAUCCAGCCCAAACGUCCGCAGUGCCCAACGCACCAGUCCAUCUGGUUCGGAUCGACAGAUCCACGCAGUUUGCCAACACGAUUUCGCAUUCCACCACUCAAGCGUACAAUCUGAAUCCUGGAAUAAUGUCUAGAAUCCACAAGAUAGAUCAUAAUGGGAGGGAAAUUUUCAGUGUAGCAAAAGCUUUGCCUAUGGAACCAUGGAUGAUGCGACCUAUCUUUUUCUCGGCCCAGGAUGUCCCGAUGAACGGCCAAGCUCACAGUGAUCCUUUGGUUAUUACCCUGCUAAUUGAGGAAUGGGGGGGCGAAGUAACUCUAAGGGUAUCGGACGGAGGUGGCUACCUGGAUACUUUAACCACAUUCUGUGUGGUUGAUGUCGCCUCGCCCUAUGAAGCUACUAUCGGAAUACCAUGGAUCGCGGGAAUCAAAGGAGUGGCAUCGGCCUAUCAUCAAAGAUUACGGUUCCCAACGUACAAAGGGAUAGCGGAGGUCGUAGGAGAUCCACAAGAAGCGCGACAGUGCAUGAAGGUCGAUGCCCAGAUAAAUGAGGAGCAACGAGCAAGAAAAAGGGGAGAGAAGAAAAAGGCUAAAGAAGCCAAAGUCGCAGAAGAACUAGAAAAGGUUAUUUCACAGGCGGUCAUGGAUUACGAAGCACAAGGAAGCGAGCCUUCAUAG